UGUUUACUGUAAAUGUCGAAAAAUAUUGACCUCAAGUGAUUUUCUCUCUCUUGUUUGACCCUGGUCAAUAGCAAGAGAUUUGUCCCUUUCUUCACCAUCUCUUUGUAUCCUCAUUUUAACCCAAAAAUAAGGUAAAUACAAAGCCAAUAUUUCAUCAUCAUUCAUGUUGAUAAACAAUAAUUAUGAUUUUUUUUGCUUCAAUUUGCUUUCAUGAAUCGCUUUUCAAUCAUGAAUUAUCAUAUUCAUUAUCAUACUAUUGUCCUAUUGUUCAUAUAAUGAUAACUUGUUAGUCUUGAUUCUUACCUUGUUGAUUAUUUUAAUCAACACGCAGCGAUUAUCAACCUUAUCUCCAUCUCAUCAUCAUGUGUAUUAACUAAUUUAAUCCAUGUCAAUGUUGAUUAAAUACACGUUGAUGCAUUAAUCUUUUUUUCAUUGCAAUCGAUUAUCUUAAUUGCUUAGUAAAGAUUGUCUUCUUUUUUGAUCAAUUGGAUAUUAAGUAACAUUAAUAUCAAGAUCUUGAUGAUACAUUUGUAAUAUUUUAUCACUUAAUCAUCAUUAAUUGAUCAAUUUUGUUGAUUGUUAAGACACAAUUUAUUUUCUCAAUACAUCUUGUCAAUUUUGAUUGUGAUUUUGACAACAACUCACAAUUAACUUAAAGCUUGAAAACAAUUAACCAGUUGAUUACAUAAAAAGAGUAAUUUAUUGUUGAUUGUCUACAAAAUCAUUAAUUGAGACAAAUGCUUAAUUGUUGAUUGAUAUUAAAUCGUAAUCAUACUUGACAGUUUACUUAACAUUGAUAACUUUUGAAUGUAUUGACAUAAUUAUCAAAUUGAUUUAUUAUUAAGCAAUUUGAUUGUAAAGUUUUCACCUCUAAACAAAUCAUUUGUUACAAACUGAUUGUUGACUGUUGAAUAUGAUUGUUUGUAUUCAAUUACAAUAUUGUAUCAAUAUUAAUUCAACAAUUAACCAACAAUUAAGGAUUGUUUUUUUGUAUGUUAAAUACAAUCAAAUCUAUAAUUGAGAGUAUGUGUAACCCUAUCCUUAAUUGUACAUGUAGUAUACCAACAAUCAGUAUCCAAUAUCUCACAGCCUUGAUUUUAAUUGUUACCAAUUACCAUCCGAAAGGAUAUUUGGAUCAACAAUUGUUAACUUUUGUUAUUAGUUGACAGUCAACAAGUUGCUAAUUAAGGUUUUAAUUACAAUUUAAGAUUCAGAAUUGAUGAAAUUGCUAUGAUCAUUGUCCUUGACUAUUAAUUGGACUCCCACAAUUACCUUAUCCUUGUUUACCUAAUUGUUGAUCUAAUUUUAGCAUUACAAUUAAAAUCUAGUUCUUGUUAAUUUAACAUCUAUCGUUUACAAAUUUGCAAAAUUGAUUAAUUUUUUUGCAUUGUUAAUCACAAUUAAUAAUGAUGACAACUGAUUGAUCAGGAAAUGAAUAUCCAUUGAUUAAGUCCAGAAAUUGAUUGAAAUUUGAUUCUGACAACUGAUAAUCAAUUAUUGAAUCUCUAAUCCGGAUUAAUUUUUUGCAAUUACUCAACACCUUCAAAUAGAGCAAACAAUUAACCACAAUAUAUAAAUUAAUAUUAAUUAAAAAAUGAAACACAAUUAAUCAAGAAAGUGACAAUCUAAAUGAUUGACAAUUGAAAGUGCAACUGUAAAUACAGAAAUCUAAUGAAAAGCAAUUAGAUGUUUUUUUUAAUCAUUCUUACAGUUAAUUGUCAAUAUAAUUGUUAAGAAUUGAGAUGAUGUUGAUGCAGAGAAGCAAAAAACUUGAUUAAAUUGACAAUUUAGAGAGAAAAAAAUAUUGAUUGAAAAAUUGAAUGAGAAAAAAAUUUCGAAUAUUAGAAAAUGAUGAAAAAACAUAUGAUCACCAAGCCGGUUGAUUGUUAUUAGUUAUUAUUUUUACCAAUUAUUUUGCAACAUGUUGAUUAAAUCCAUCACUUAGAUUAAGGAACGAGAUUAAGAAAAAAAUUGAGUUAAAAUAUCAGAAAGAGGAUAAUCCAUUUGAUUUGGUUUACAUCUUGUUUUUAAGGUCGUUUUUUGAUACCUUUAAAUGUUGAUCAUAAUUGUCACCAUCCUUCAUCUUCAUCAUUUAUCUUCAUCAUCUUUGUCAUCUUGAUCGAUUUAUCAAGAAUCAAAAUGUGUCCGUUACACUGAACAAUCAUCACUCAUCAGUUUUAGAACUUAGAACUUAGAACUAACUUUGUCAAGAUUCGAACAAUUUUCCAUAACUUGUAUACUAUUGUUACUUGAAUAUCGUUAAUUGUGAUCAACUUUUCUCGUCUCAACUGUUAACUUUUGGAUCUCUUGAUAUUUUGUAUGUGAUUAUGAUAUAAUUUAAGAAUAUAUUUUAUCAACUAGUUGUUCACAAUUUACUAAACAUGAAGUUUAUUUGCCAUAUAUUGAUUUUAAUCUGUUGUUCUGAUGUUAAAUGGUCAGUCGGAAGUACAUCACCACUUAAACUUGAUUUUGGUAUCAAUUUGCCUACGAUGACCUUUCGAUUACCAAGUUUCAAUUUUCCCAAACUUAAAGUAACCGCCGUAAUCCAUAGGCCAAACCAGCCUCGUGAACCAAUGAAAGUCACACUUCCAGCGAUAAGUGUUAACGCUCAAUCACUUGAACCAGAUAAUGCUGGUUGGUCAGAGGGAAGGGAUAGUUCAAGUGAUUCUGGUUCUAAUUAUAAUGAACAUGAGCAUGAAACUGACGGAGGAGGAGGAGGUGAUGGUGGUGGUAGUAGUUCUAGUGGUAGAGGUAGUGAUCAAUAUACUGACAAUGGAUGGAGUAUGGAAUCAAGUGGAGAUGAGACAAGAGUCACUGAGGAACCACGAUCAGCGAUUGUUCAAGAAUCUGAACUAUCCAAUAAACCCCAUGUAAGGUCACAUUCUGAACAGGCCAAGAGUGUUGUCCGUUAUUCUGGUGGUCGGCCAAUUGGUUUCAUGGGUAAUAUUCAAGGAUACUCUCCACCAUUAGAAGCUUCAACCCCGACAGUGUCACAACCCUCAUCAUCACAAUCCUUUUCACCCAAUAAUCAGAAUAACUAUUUACAGCAAUCAAACCCACGAAAAUCUCUACUAACUGAUCAUCAAUCACCCCCACCGCCACCACCACAACAACAACAGCUCCAACCUCAGCAACAUUAUCAAGUUCACCAUCACCACCACCAACAGCCACAACAUCAACAUCAUCAUCAACAACAACAAAAACAACAACAACCUCAAUUACUUCAACCAACAAUUGAUUCUCCAAAUUUUUCAUCUUCAUAUUCAUCAACUCCUCCAAUCUCAGAAUCAGCCAAUGAUUUAAUCUUAUCAGAUGGAUCAAGUCAAUUUGAUUUCGCCAAGAAAGAUUUCCUACCGCAAUCUGAUGAUCAGUUAAUUAAUCAACAACCACGACAACGUAGUUUACCUCAACAAUCAACUCGCUUCUCUUUUGAACAAAAUGAUCCAUUCUUUGCCUUGGGCGAAUCUUCAAUGAUUAACAAGAUGACCACAAGUUUGACAACUGGACAGUCAGCAAAUCAACAAAUGAUUAAAGAAUCGGGCCCAGUAUAUACUGGAUCAGAUAGUAAUAGUGAUCAAUCAAAUGAUAAUUUUAGGCAAAACGUUGCUGAUGAUUCAGUUAACAUGGAACCAUUAACAGAUUAUCAAAAUUCCCAGCAAAUUGUAAGGCAAACACUUUCACCUUCAUAUUCUGGUAACAUGUUACGUAUGAAUUUAGGUAAAGCAUAAAAAUAUAGAAUGAUGAUAAUUUCAAUUAAUCUACUAAUCAUUUUACUACCAGAAUAAUGAAUGAAACAAAUAAUAGUAUAAUCAAUAGAUCGACUAUCAAUUUUGAUCAAUAAGUUUUACCGUCAUCACAAUGACCACUAUCAUCCAAUUAUUAAUGGGUAAUUGUAACAAAUGAUAACAACUUAAAUUGGACAAAUUGUUACGGAAAAAUAAUAUUAACAAAAUAAUCAACUGAUUA